AUGGGAUUUCAAAAAAAAAACAAAACGAAGCAGAACAACAACUUUAUGGGGAGAAGUUUAAUGCGGAACAAGUUGUUACAGAAGGAAAUUUCCGACAACCUUUUAUAUUCACAUAUAGGACAUGAUGAUAAAAAAAAAGUGAGCAAACAGAUUUCCGUCCUGGAUAAGACCCCCGUUGAUGAUUAUUUGGAUAACCAGUUAGUUAUUAACAGCGUUGAAGUGAGCAAAGUGUUUAUACAGAAAAAUGAAAUAAAAGAAAAAAAAAAGUUAAGAGAUGGGGACGAUAAGGGGAAAGAUUUUUUGAAAAUUCAGAAUAUCGUUCUGCCCAUCCCCGGUAGACCAUUUCUUUUGAAGCACCAAGACAAGGUCAACAUAAUUCUCCACGAGAGGGAGAAUGCUCCAGUGAAGAAGAAGAAAAAGAAGAGGACAAACGUGAAUAAGAUUAGCUUCCUGAUGAGCGGCAAGAGCCUCAUACCCAUUAACGUGCGCAGCACCAAGGGGGAGACGGCGCGCAGGAGAAAGGGCCGGGUCGUGAAGAAGGCGCCGAAGGGUGAAGCGGGCGCGGAGGAGAAGAGGGAUGUAAACGAGGAAGCAGUUGCAGUGGGGGGGAAUGUAGAUCAGGCGAGAGGGGAGAAUGAUACAGAGGAGGAUGACGCGGAUGUGGAGGAAGACGAGGAUGUAGAGGACGAUACGCACGGGGAAGCAGAGGAAGAGGAAGACACGGAGGAGGAUGCAGAUGAAGAGGAAGACACGGAGGAGGAUGAAGAUGAAGAGGACGAUACGGAGGAGGAUGCCCAGGAAGGUGCAGAUACGGAAGCCCCGCAGAACCUGAAAUACAUGCGCAUGUACGAGGCGCUGGGGAAAAAGUACAAGCGUCUGAACGUGCAGGAGGUCCUGAACAAGGAGACCGUGGACAAGUACGAGCUAGAGCAUUUCGUCGAGUGGAGGAAGUUGCUUAGCGUCAUAGAAGAGGAGGAAGGGUACAUAAUCACUCCGUACGAAAAGAACAUAGAGUACUGGAGGCAGCUAUGGAGAGUGGUUGAGAAAAGUCACGUCCUCCUUUACAUCAUGGAUGCGAGAAAUCCCAUUUUUUUUUACUGCCAGGGGUUAGAGUAUUACAUUAGAAAAGUCGACCCCAGGAAAGAAUUUUACAUCGUCUUAAAUAAGGCGGACUUUUUAACCUAUGAGGAGAGGAAGGAAUGGUCCUGCUUUUUUCAGGAGAGGGGAGUGAAAUUUAUUUUUUUUUCUGCUUUGAGGGAGUUAUACCACCAGAAUAAGGUGAUUAUUGAGGACCUGCCCGUGCGUCCAGGGGCGUACAGCAAUAGGCUGUCAGGGGAGGGGAGCACGGAAAGAAAGAGGGAGGACAGGUUGGCGGCGGAACGGUCGUCCACGAACUCGACGCAACGGCCGUGCACGAAGUCAGCGGAACGGCCAGCUUCAGAGCAUGUGCAUUUGUCUGCCCCUGUCACCCAGGACGACCACAAAAAGGAAGCCGCCAUCGAUGUGGGGCACGGAAAGCUCAUCUACGAGGAAAAGAAAAAUGAUCAAACAGACAUAUUAAGCACAAACGAGAUGGUGAGUUUAAUUCAAAAGAUUAAAAAUGAAAAAAGAGGUGAGUACCACGACAUUGAAAUAGGAGACUACAGUGUGCCCAAAUUUACCGUAGGGUUUAUUGGUUUUCCUAAUGUGGGAAAAAGCUCCAUUAUAAAUUCGCUAGUUGGGUUAAAGAAGGUUAGUGUGAGUAGACAGCCAGGGAAGACGAAACAUUUUCAAACAAUUCCGUUGAAGCGUCAUGGGUUCUGCUUGUGUGAUUGUCCGGGAUUGAUUUUCCCGUCUCUGGUGUUUAGUAAGUACGAUUUAAUUCUUAAUGGAGUUUUUUCAGUGGACCAUUAUAAAGGAAAUUUAAUCGAGUUAGUUCAAAUAUUGUGUAACAUUAUUCCUCACCAGUUGUGUGACAAGUACAGAAUUGACAAAAGGCUGAUUUGUGAGGUUGAGUUAGAUGCAGGACAAAAUGGGUUCGAAAAAAGAACCCAUGAUUUUUUAGAUGCAACGCAAUUUUUAAGUGCUUUUUGUGCUUCUAGAAGAUACGUCUCCGGGGGUAAAGGAGGACUUUUGAAUCUUAACUUUGCCACAAGACUUAUCAUUCGGGAUUUCAUCACUGGGAAGCUCCUUUACAAUUUCAUGCCGUCUUACCUCGCUCUGAAUGCGCACGUAUAUCGGUCUGGCGCGUCCCCCGGAGAGCUGCUCGAGGCGUCUGUAAGGGUGGACCUAGAUCACUUCUCGCAGGACCCCGCCGAGCCCGAAGAAAUUCAGGUCACCAAGAGGAAGUUUCGUUACAUGCAGAAGAAGCUGGUCAGGGGGAAGAAUGUGAUGAAGCACGUCUGCUAA